CCAAGCAUUCCUCGUCACGUGUGAAAAGGUGUCGGGUCACGAAUAAGGUGUAGAGCAUUGUGAAACCCGUGUGAAGAUUAGAGAAUAAAUAGACUUGUGAGAGGAAAGCGUUGGUAUUUCAAGUUAGGAACUUCGAACUCGAUGAACGGUGUAUUUAUGAAAUAGUUCUUUUUGAAGCUGAACGUUACAUUUUGGAGGGUAUUGAAGAUACUAAAGAGAUGGAUUCAAGAUGGGAUUUUAGGUCGACCUUUCCUGGGUUUUCGAUCAUUGUACUGGUCAUUUCAGCGCACGGAUUUGAAAUAGAAGCAACGAGCGCACACAGUCGGCUCAAUCUACUUCAGGCAUUGCAAUUAUUGCAACACCGUUCGACCCAUGCUUAUCUUGCUGAUAACAUUGUGCCUUACAAGGAAGAUAGCAUCAACGACUUUGAUACAAGUCCAACCUAUUUAGAUGGGUCGCUGCUAGUUGAAACACCUGUUCCUGGCAGAGAGACCAGCGCAAACAAAAGGGGUUGGGAGGAUGUGUCGUUUGCAUGGAGACAACCUCUACAUAAACGUGGUUGGGAGAGUAUCCGAGGGUUAGUUUCUUUUCCUCGAAAAUUGUCACCUAAGCGAGCAUUGGCCAUGGUCAGAAAUUUGUGGCGAAUUCCGGAAAUUAGGGAAAAAUACAAGGCUUUGUUGAGAGAGGGAAAACGAAGUGAUGAACAACUCGUGAAUGUACCAGUACAGUCUGGAGACGACAAUCCGACAUGGAUGAUGGAUGAAAUUGAAUAUGAUCAAAACGGAAUUCCAACAUUCAUGCUCCCACACGACGAUACGUUCUCCGGGGAAGAACUCGGUGCUAAACUCCCUGCUAAUAAUCACUAUGAGUCAGGCAGAUUUAAACAGAAAGAUAGGUUAACCAAACGAGGCUGGGAAUUUGUCGGCAAUUUUCAGGUUGGUAAGAGAUCUAGCAACAACCCAAACGUAAAAACUUCUAAAACAACUCGUGGCUGGGAAGAUAUGCGAUGGAAGAGAAACGGUUUACGGCUCUUGAAUGGACAAUACUCUUUGCCAAGAAAAAUCAAUCCAUACUUAACUCAGAGAAUGUUGCCUACUGGUGACCACACACCUCUUGGAAAACGAGAGUUGUAUCCAUCUGCAACGAAUAAAGAGCUCCUGUUAAACGAAGUAUAUAAGUCUAGGGGUUUGGAACCGAUAUCCUAUGAUAUUGAUAACGAAAAGCGCGGCUGGGAAAUGUUCAGCUGGAAAAGAACUCUACCAGUUAUCUCCAGAUAUUCCCAAUCAUCUUCGAACGUAUUUCUUGGAGAGCCCGACGUUUUUCACUCACUGAGACGUAAACGAAGCGUUACUAUUGAUGGACCAAGGAACGCAGACCAGGAAAAAGCUGUUCAAAUGGUUAGAAAAUAUGUAAAAGGAAACAGGGAUGGGCUUAGGAGAAUGUUCGAGCUGCCUGAAUGGAAACAAAAUCAACAUAGGUAUGAUGGGCAGCAAACAUCAUUACCUCUUGAUACGAAUACUGACGGAAGGGUAGACCGCAAUAGGCGUGGGUGGGAAUUCUUAGACACGUGGAAAAAGAAUAAUUAUUUUAACUUGGAUGAACAUACUGGACUCGUUGAAAAGCCAGAGACUUACAAACGAGGAUGGGAACCUAUAAAAUGGAAGAGAACUUCAUUAGAUAAAGACAAUGGUGAUGUUUAUGGAAAGGAUAAAUUGAAACUAAAUGACGAAAUAAUAGCAAUGUUUCCACAUUAUAACAAAGAUGAAAACACUUUAGCUCCUACCAAUGACGUUAUGGAGAAGGAAUAAAGUAGCGUUAUUGUGUUUUCAGCAUUAAACUGUUUAUUGAUAGUUCAAUAAAUUGCAAUUAUAUUGUCUAGCCCAUUUUAUUAAA